AUGGCAUCAGAGAGCAGGGAAAAGUCGCCGGCGCCAGUGGAACGAGAGAAGGAGACAGCCACCAUCAACAACACGAGGGCAGGGACAGGGACAGGGACCGACACCACAGGUCCUCGGGCAAAGACAAGGGCGAAAGCAGAGGCGACCGAGACCGAGACCGAGACCGAGACCGAGACCGAGACCGAGACCGAGACCGAGACUCCGACCGCCACCAUCUCACGGAAAGAAGACGGCGAAGAUGGGAAAGCCGCCCCCACGUCUGCAGACAAAAGUGGCGAUGAAGACACCGGCGAAUGGGUAGAAGCGCCUGCAGCCUCUACGGAAACCGUCGGCCCGACUCCAGUUACAAACUCCGAACCUACUCUAAAGCGGGACACCUGGAUGACCGAGCCCGAUGCCGACUUCAUUGAUUACACGCAAAGAGGUGUGCGUAAAGCCACGCCGCCAAAGACCCUCACAAAGCCCGACUAUCGUCCCAUUAUCCACAAGAACGAGCUUAACGAGCAGCUUAUUGCGGGAAAAUCCGUCGACGAAUACGCUGCUGACACCAACGACGAGCCACCCUACACCUUCGGCGACUCCGGUUCAAAAUGGCGCAUGACAAGGCUCAAACGCGUCUACGAGGCUGCGGCCGAGGGUGGUAAAUCCCUCGACGAAAUUGCGAUAGAGAGAUAUGGCGAUUUGAAAACGUUUGAUGAGGCAAGAGAGGAAGAGAUGGAGCUGGGGAGGAGGGACAUGUACGGGACAGACCGGAGGGACGCGAAAACAAGGCCAACGGGGGAGUUAUACGCGGAACGGCUCAAGAAGACGGCGGAUGAUGACAUGAAGCGAAGGGCAAAGGAGGAGCGGUAUCAGGCAGACUAUGGACUUCCCAAGCUUCAAGUUUUGGAGACGAUAGCACCCCCGGUCAAGAUCUUGGAUCAGACAGCGCUCAAUCGGAUGAAGGCGGCAUACUUGAAGGCGCAAAUUAAGGGCGAUCCAAAGGCUGCUGAUAUGGAACGGGAGUACAACGAUGCUGUUGCAGCGGCCGCAGAGGCAAGGAAAAAUCCGAGCGCCAACCCGUCGCAGCAGGUAGUGAUCACGGCUAUGGACUCCCGCCACAUUGCUGGCCUGGAAGGGCGCAUGGGGCGUGAAGUUGUCGCAGGUAAAAAGGGUAAAGUUGAGGCGAACGAUGAGAUGACACUUGACGAUAUGGUGCGUGAGGAAAAGCGGACACGCGGAGCCGUCGCCGGCGGUGAGGGCAUGCUCCUCGCUGAGCGCAUCUCCAGGGAUGCAAAGUUCGAUGACAAUCUCGACUAUCUUGACGAGAAUGCGACCAAGUUGGCUAAACACGUUCAGCGCAGCGAGUUCGACUUGAAAAAUAUGGCUAUCAACGAGUUCAAGCGCAUGCAGCAGGUCCUCAAUACAUGUCCGCUGUGCGAGCAGGACGACAAGCCACCAGUCGCGCCGGUCGUAGCGACGGGCACCAGGGUAUUCUUGACCCUACCGACGGAGCCAGAAUUGAGCGCUGGAGGCGCCGUCAUUGUUCCGAUCCAGCAUAGGGUCAACAUGAUGGAGUGUGAUGACGACGAGUGGGAAGAGGUUCGGAACUUCAUGAAGAGCUUAACCCGCAUGUAUACCUCUCAAAACCGCUCCGUAAUCUUCUACGAGAACGCUGCCUCCCCACAACGCAAGCGCCAUGCUGCCAUCACCGCCGUCCCGCUGCCAGUCGAGCUCGGCGAGACCGCUGCUGCGUACUUCAAGGAAGCCAUCAUGUCCGCAGAUGAGGAAUGGUCGCAGCACAAAAAGCUCAUUGACACGCUCUCGCGAGCCCGGAAAGAAGGGCUUGGUAAGCAGGCAUUCCGUCGCAGCUUUGUCAAGCAGAUGCCGUACUUCCAUGUGUGGCUAGAGAUUGAUGGGGGGCUUGGCCACAUCAUUGAGGAUGAAAACCGGUGGCCGAAGGGCGACCUAUUUGCAAGAGAGGUCCUGGGAGGUAUGUUGGAUGUGGGGAUGGAAGUUGUGAAGAGGCAGGGAAGGUGGAAGAGGGGUGGGGAGGGAGCAAGAGUGAAAGUGUUUAGAGAGGCGUGGGAGAAGUGGGAUUGGACUAAGGCAUUGUAUGAUGCUUAA